AUUACAAGAUCUUUGCACACGAGCGCUCCAACCGCUGCCUACAGCUCACUGCGAUACAGUCGUGUGUUUGGCUUCGGGACAAAUGCUAUUUGUUUCCUCAUUACCGCGCGCUGCUUUCGAUUUCUAUUGUCGCUAAAUCAAUUGCUUCCGGUCAAUUUGCCGCCCCCUCCCUUAAGUGAGUGUUUGAGUGUGUGUGUGUGUCUGUGCACUUCAAAUAGAAAUUUUGCCAUAAAGUCUAACAGGAAAGCGACUGAAAUAGCUAGGAGAAAAAGGGGUGAACGAAUUUUCUCUCCAAUUGUGUUUGCGCAGCGUGCCCUGUGAGCGAUAAAACAGAUUAGCGCAAGUGUGUUGCGCCUGCACAAUCGUCACGUUUCGCUAAUCAGCCGAACGGGUGACUGUGUGUGACGUCGAUGGGACGUCGGAGUGGACGGGAGAUGAAAAGCUGAACCGAAAGUACGCAGCAGCAACCGUUGACAUCCGAGUGGCAAAUUCCGCGCUUCACAUUCCCUGCGCUUCUGGCGUUCUAUCAACGCCCUUUUUGGCCUCCCCUCAGCUCGACCGUACACGAUCAUCAGUGGCGUGACGGUUUGUUGUUUUUUUAAACACAUUUUUCUAGAUCGUGUGAGAUUGUUUUCACUGUUCUUGUGUGUUUGUGUGCGUGUGUGUGUGUCGAUGAAUUUGGUAGCCACGGCGGCGGCAGCGGCGACGGCAGCACACUUCAAGUGGAAGGGCACUCGGAAUUUGGCACUCGGAAGGGGGCACUCUAGAUCCGUCGAGCGAUGAUGAUGCUGACCCACCACCAAACGCCAAGCACCGCCGUGAAUGGUUGUGAAACGUCACCGAACGUGAAUGUCGGCACCACCAACACCACCACCACUGCAAGCAUGAUGGGUGAUACCGGUGGGGAACCUCAGCCUGCUGGUGGAGGCGACAGGGUGGAAGUGAUAAGCCGCGGAAGGAUGCGACGCAUGGCGACCAGCAUGCUCUGCCAGCGGUACCAUCACCUACAGCUGCAAGCGAUCUGUGUCGCUGCGGCCAAAAGCGCCGAGGCACGAACGGAGGUAUGGAGCCGCGGGUUCAUCGGGCGCAUCAGCAACUCGCUCGGGCUCGGGAAGGCGGGCGGCCGGUCCGGCAAGCUGUCCAUGCUGGCAUCGGCCGCGGAGAAGCACAGCUGGGACGAGCGGACGACCGGCAGUGCGGUGUACGCGGUCCAAGGCCGCCGGGCCAAGAUGGAGGACAGAUUUGUGAUAAGUGAAAACAUCAACAGCAGCGGCAUUUCCCUGUUUGCCAUCUUCGACGGGCACGGCGGCGAGUACGCGGCCGAGUACGCGAAAACCGUGCUGAUAAAGAACAUCCACCAGAAGCUGAUGCAAUCGUCGGCCAUUGCGGACGGGAAGGAGCUGCCUGGCAGCCCGAACGCAGCCGUCUGUGCGGAGGACGACCGGAAGCAGAAGGAGGAGGAGAAGGAGGAGAAGGAGGACGACAAGCAGGAGCAGGAAGUAAACGAACGGUACAAGGUGAGCGCGCACAAUGGAAAUAGUGACCCGUCGGGUGCGGUCCAGCGGCGACAGAGCUUUCGCAAAUCCAAAACCGAGGACACGGUCGGAACGGGCAACAAUGGUGCAGCGAACGGUGGUGGUGGAGGAGCAGCAGCCAACAACAAUCAGAUGCUGGAGAACGAUUUGCUGAGCAAGUACAUGGGCAAUCAGUCGCCGGCCCGGCAGCAGGUGAAGAAGAACCUGCUGAACGGGACGUCGGGCGGUGGUGAGUCCGUGCCGGCAAAGCCGAAAACGUACGACGCCCGCUGCUACGUGCAGAAUGGCAGCAUCAACUUUGGCAAGAUCAUUACCGACGAGGUGCUGGCGGCCGAUUACGAUCUGGUGGAGGCGGCGAAGAAAAUGUCGGACUUUGCCGGUACGACCGCCCUGAUUGCGGUCAUACACCGCACCAAGCUGAUAGUGGCCAAUGUGGGCGAUUCGCGCGGCGUCAUGUGCGACUUCAAGGGUAACGCGAUCCCGCUGUCGUUCGACCACAAGCCGCAGCAGGUGCGGGAGCAGAAGCGCAUCGCCGACGCCGGCGGUUUCAUCGCGUUCAAGGGCGUGUGGCGGGUGGCGGGCAUACUGGCGACGUCCCGCGCCCUCGGCGACUAUCCGCUGAAGGAGAAAAACCUGGUCAUUGCCAACCCGGACGUGCUUUCCUUCGAUCUAGUCGAUCACCGACCACAAUUUCUGAUCCUGGCCUCGGAUGGGCUGUGGGAUACGUUCACCAACGAGGAGGCGGUUGCGUACGUGCGUGAACGGUUGGACGAGCCGCACUUUGGCGCGAAAAGCAUCGCGCUGCAAUCGUACAGCCGUGGCUCGGUCGAUAACAUUACGGUGCUGGUGAUUGUGCUGAAGAACGGCCGGUACGAGAUCGGUUCCUCGAGCAACUGAACGGCCCGCUGGCUCGUUGGACAUUUCGAUGGGAAUCGUUUCUAUUGCGAAACAGCGAUCACCGCAAUGGUGAUCGCUCAUCAACUACCUAAUUGGCUGCUUUUUCUUCAUCUGUUAACCUUUCGUUUAUUGAUUACGCUUGUUUUUUUUGGUGACUUUUAUUGUUAGAUUUCCCACUGAUCGCGAAAAGGAGGCAGCUACCUCCGUUUUAUCGUUAACGUUCGUUUUAUGUUUAAAGAUCUCUAUGUUAUAACGCUUUGUUUUAAAACUGAUCGCAGCUCUACACUUUUAAUUCUGUUUUUCACAAAAGGCAUGCUACCCCACUCGAUGAUCACUACUGUAAUGCAAACUAGUAGCUUAGUUUCAAUGCCAAUCGCUUGAUCAAACUACUACUACUACUUCACCUUAUCUAGUGCUGCUCCGCCCAAAGAAAACGACUGGUACCAAACUGGGUUUUGCUGAAUCACAGCGAACCGAUUAGGGAAGGCGAGCGAGUGGAAAAUACGUCGCGUGUAGGUUUAUUUUGUUUGAUUACGCUACGUAUUCGCUGUAAGGUUUGCUUUCUACUUUAAUAGAUUAGACAGUGAGGGAGGGGCGGGCAGCAGAGAAGCUGAACGGAACGGAAAGGGAAUUCGAUCUAAACAAAUCGAGCCGUAGUUAGUAGUACACAAUUGCAAUGGCAAUCCUCAAUUUACCAGCACCAUGUGUGUGUGUGUGAGUGAGUGUGAUUUGUUGUUUUCUUUGCCACUUUGUGCAGUUUAUUGAGGGCAUUUUUAAAAAUAUUCGUUCAACCAGAUACGUAAAAGGGACGCUAGUAGAAGAUUUAAUUGGAAAUGCACUUCACCUACUGCAAAAAAAAAGAUUUCGAGAUGGAAGGUAGAACUGGGAAGAGUGAGCACGAGCGAAAGAUUUCGAAACCGAUUUUACUUAUUUUAAUGGCGCUCGAUUUUCGGUACAAAUUUAUAUUACUGACCCACAGACACACAUCACACGCAGGUGGAGGUGGACAAAAUCGCUAUACAAAUUACACGUUUGCUCAACAAAGGGUAGGAACAAUUGGAACAAAUUAAUCUAAUACCAGAGAGUAGUUUUAGCGGGCAGCGAACAAACAGAGAGAAUGAGAGCGGAAUCUUGCUGGAUUUGUCCGAUGGGAAAUGUUACUCGAGCUUAUGCAUUCGGAUUUGGGAAUCGAUUCUUAUGAGACUUUUGGAAGGGAAGCGUAGGUCACAAGCCGGUGCUGGUGAAAUAGCAGCAAAAAACCAGUUGGAACAGUAUCCGUUUCCGCUAGUUGGUGCCAAACGACGAGGGCAACAUGGACUAAACCAAGUAUCCUAAUUGAAGAUAUCUAACAACCGAUUGGGCAUCAAUCGUAGGUGCUAAAUUAAUAAUUUAAAAGUAAUUGUUAGGCAGCAAGUAAGCUUACGAUGCUUAUCAGCAAUUGAAUUGAACGGGAAUGUCUGUGUCCCGGAGACCAACCUACGUAAAGGCGAACGCACGAACGAACGAACUCUCACAGUGAUGGUGGAGGGUGUAAACCUCCAUUGGCGUGAAGCAUCUCCCGUAUUGGUGUCGUGCACAGUCCUGUGACUGUGCUGCACCCCUUUUUUCUCGAUCUUCUACUCACAAUCAUUAAGUAUACUUUCCUAACUUGCCUUAACCGCUCCACUAUUAGACGAAGGAUAGACAACAAAAAAAAACAACAAAACUAUAGUAAAAUAGAGUAUAAAGUUUUCGAUAAUAUGGGGGGGGGGGGGGGGAGGAGGAACACUCACACUCCCUCCACAGAGCAGAGAAUAAAACGCUCUACCGGAGCAUUCUUUCGCUGGGUUUUGUAAUUGUACAUAUCACGCGGAGAGGGUGAGCGCCGGAAUGAAUAUUGAAUCUUUUUUUUUUAAUUUCUGAAUAAAACCGUCACAAUAUAAAAUCCUUUCA